GUGACCUUGAACAUACAAUUUGAUGGCUACUACAAUUUUUUGACUGGAAACUGGAAAGGGAGUCUAAAAUAUGGUGGUUAUACUUGAGUGAUCUAUGGUCAUGGCAUGGACACUUAAAUUUGAAGAUGAUGAACAGAUCAAGUAGCAUAACAUGGUGGAUUCUAGAGUACCUAAUAACAUUAUAUAAGAGAGUUAACUAUAAUAACAACCCUGACUAAAUAUUUUAUUUAUCAUGAGUUCGAAGGUAAUUUGAGACUUCUGAGAAAUAUGUUGGAUGGUCAUAAUAGGAUCUGUAGUUAUAGCUGGAUGUGAUAACCUUUUUUGACAUAAAAAAUAAAUGUAUGCCUUUGGUAACACUACUUCUAAAAGAGAAUAAUGAGAAUGAUAUUUUUGGGACUAUAGAAAGUUGGGCAGAAUUAGGAGUUUUUGAGAUUAAAGGCUGUACAAGUUACUCAAAAUGAAAAGGCAAAAUCAUGUAAUUUUAUAGAAGUCAGGAGAUUAAAACAGAUGGGAUAAGUCAAAGGAUUGCAGAAAUGUUCACAAAUAUUAAGGAAAUAAUACGGUUAAGUUUUGAUAAAAAGAGGAAUUUGCAGAUAGAAUUGUGUAUCACAUGGUAAUGGAACUCAAACUUCACAGUGGAAUAAACCUAAUUUUACAAGAGAAUUUUGACUAGAAGUAAAGGAGUUGAACCGGCUUUCAAAUACAGAAUAUGUGACAAGGAUAUGGUAAAUCAUCAUCAUCAUUUCAAGAUGAGAGUAAAGACUAUGACAGUCUGGUAGUAGCAUAAGAAGGAAGGGAGUGCUUGAAAUGAUAAUGGGAAAUAUGAAGUGGGCACAAAGGACAGUUAUACCUUUGUUGAUCAGCUAUGUAAAAGAUUAUGCAUCAUAGUUUGAAAGAAUAUUGAGUGACCCCUUGAUUUUUGAAUAUGAAUUCAUAUUAUUAGUAUUCAUAUGCCAUUAUCAGUAGUAAUAAGAAACAACAGAGAUAAAGAAGUGAUGACAGAACUAGCUGUUGAAAAUCAGACAUAAAUUAGAUAUAAAUAGAGAGCAAGUUCAAAAUUAGAAUGUAUUGACCUGAGUAAGAAUGGUAGCAUAUAUGUAUGUAUCAGUAUUUGUUUGCUUGGAUGUAUGUAUGCAUGUAGUUAGUUUUCACUGCAAAGAGACAAGGUUAAUAAUUUGGAAAUAUAUUUUGUGAUUUGAAGGACUGGAGUUUAUAUGAAAAAUUCUGGAGAAAUAUAUUAGCCUUAAUCUCGUAAAAUGUAAGAAGGAAACAAGGGAGUCUUCAAAAGAUUUUAGAGAAAGAACUGAAGGAAACAUAUGCAGGGGCAACGAUAAGGAGACUGAAUAAUUGGGUGGAGAAAUGGAGCGCUAUUUUAGAAUGCCAGAUGGGAUUUAGAUAAUAUUUUUUUUGGACUCCAAUAGGAAAGAAUUUGGGUGAAAUGGGGAUCACACCUGCAAACACAAAGGAUGAUUCUGGUUGUAACCGGUUUCAGCGCUACAAUCUUAAUUAUGUAUCAAGCCCACAGAAGCACACAGUUCCUUCAUCAGCACACAGUUUAUUGAAUCAGAUUACUCCAGGCUGCUACAGUGACUACAUCAUAACUUUCAAUGGCAUAGAACCUGACAAGUUCUAUCUGUAUGACUAUCUUUUAUAUUCUGUCAGAGUUGUUCACAAUGGAGUAUCUCAUGGCAAUCAGCCACCACCAGUAUCUGUGUCCGAAGAUCAGGUCUGGCGUGAGUUUGUGCGGGCAGAAGGUUUUGGGGAGCCAGCCAGUAUAUCUUCUAAGCAGUAUUUUGAAUUAUGGCAACAGAAGAUUCAAUCACCAGAAGUGUUUAAUACUUUCCUCAGGCAACAUUCUGAAGGAAUUUUUAACUCUGAUGAUGUGGAUGGUGCCAACAGUCUUGGAUCAUGAAACAUUAUUUUCAUAUCUGGAAACCACUUUGUUCCAAUUCAGUGAGUGUUUCGGUUUUCUUUACAUUCCUAUUCUGGCAAUUUCAUCCUUCUGCAUUUCAUGGACUCAAGGUUGAAGGAAAUGCAGAUAAUCAGAAGAAAUUUGUAAUUCAAAGUCAUCUUAUUUCAACUCAAAUGUUGCAUCACAAAUUAGACUAUUGAAGUAAUCAUAGUUUUAGUGGAACAGUAUAGUACAAAAUGGAUGAGUUUACAUGGUAAUAAUGUUUUUGGAAGGGGGGAGGCUUGGUCUGUACCUCCCCUCAGUUAUCUGUGUCUAAGAUGAAAUUAUAUGUACGUACAUAUAUAUAUAUAUAUAUAAAGAGAGAGAGAGAG